CGGUCGCACUCCCAAUUUUGCAACUCCAUCGUCAAAGAGCGAAUCGUCUCCAUCCCCCUUCAACAAAUCGUUCAUCCCAGUCCGUUCAUCGCCAAAAAUCAUCCAAUAUGGGUAAGGUUCACGGAUCUCUCGCCCGUGCCGGUAAGGUCAAGGCUGCCACCCCCAAGGUUGAGCCCCAGGAGAAGAAGAAGCAGCCCAAGGGCCGCGCCUACAAGCGUGUCCUCUACACCCGCCGCUUCGUGAACGUUGUCAUGACCGGUGGCAAGCGCAAGGUACAUACCGAUUGA